UCGAUCGAUCGUCCACCCGUGGCCCUCCUCUGGCGACGAAAAGCAACAAGGUCCAAGCAGCGGACCGGCAGCGAGGCCAGUCCGGGAAAAGCGACCCCCCCUCCCUCUCGCUCAAAGCGGAGUAGCAGGGCCGUCCUGUCUCAUCCUCUGCUGCUGCUGCUCGCGCAUGUGAGCUGAUUGGGCCGGCGGGGAUGGGGGUGGGAGGAGGGGAGAUGGCGGCGGCGGCGGCGGUGGUGGAGGAGGAGGGGAAGGAGGAGGAGGAGGAGGAGGGGGAGGAGGGGGGCUGGGGGUGGCGCGCGAGGUCGAAGCUGAGCGCGGCGCUGGCGGUGGUGUGGGUGGUGCUGGUGGUGACCGGGGUGACGGCGCUGCACCGCAGCCUCCGCCACGGCGCGCUGGUCAAGGCCGAGGAGGGCAUCGUGUGCAUGUGCGAGGAGCGCGCGCGCAUGCUGCAGGACCAGUUCGCCGUCUCCGUCAACCACGUCCACGCCCUCGCCAUCCUCGUCGCCACCUUCCACUACGAGAAGCAGCCGCCCGCGCUCGACCAGGACACGUUCGCGGACUACACGGCGCGGACGUCCUUCGAGCGCCCGCUGCUGAGCGGGGUGGCGUACGCGCAGCGGGUGAUGCACGCCGACCGGGAGGCCUUCGAGCGGCAGCAGGGCUGGAUCAUCAAGACCAUGAAGCACGAGCCCUCCCCGCCGCAGGACGAGUACGCGCCGGUGAUUUACUCCCAGGAGACCGUGUCCUACAUCGAGGGGCUCGACAUGAUGUCCGGCGAGGAGGACCGGGAGAACAUCUUGAGGUCGAGGGCGACAGGGAAGGCCGUGCUCACGAGGCCAUUCAGGCUCAUGUCGAAUCACCUGGGCGUGGUGCUGACGUUCCCUGUCUACCUUGUCGACCUCCCCCCGGAUGCCAAGGUGGAGGAUCGUGUUGCUGCUACCGCCGGAUACCUUGGAGGCGCUUUCGAUGUAGAGUCACUUGUGGAAAAUUUGUUGCGGCAGCUAGCUGGCAAUCAGGAGCUGGUGGUGAAUGUUUAUGAUGUCACAAACCAUUCAAACCCUCUUGUCAUGUAUGGGUCUGAAGUCCCUCUUGGUGCCCCCUCGCCCUCGCACACCUGCACGCUAGAUUUUGGUGAUCCAUUCAGAAAUCAUCACAUGAUAUGCAGAUACAGAAGCGAGCCCCAUGUUCCAUGGUCUGCUAUUACUACCCCAUCUGGUGUCUUCGUUAUACUUAUGCUUAUCGGCUACAUAAUAUAUGCUGCGUGGAAUCGCUAUGAUAGCGUUACGGAAGAUUGCCGGAAAAUGAAAGCACUGAAAAAACGGGCGGAAGCCGCUGAUGUUGCUAAGUCUCAGUUCCUUGCAACUGUUUCUCAUGAGAUCAGGACACCCAUGAACGGUGUGCUAGGAAUGCUUGAUAUGCUAUUAGACACAGAGCUGAAGUCAACCCAGAGAGAUUUUGCGCAAACUGCCCAAAUCUGCGGAAAGGCAUUGAUAUCCCUAAUUAAUGAAGUGCUUGACAGGGCCAAAAUUGAAGCUGGCAAGUUGGAGCUAGAGUCUGUACCGUUUGACCUUAGGUCCAUCCUUGAUGAAGUCGUCUCUCUAUUUUCUUCGAAAUCAAGAGAAAAGGGAAUUGAGCUUGCGGUAUAUGUCUCUGAAAGAGUUCCUGAAAUCCUGCUGGGCGAUCCUGGAAGGUUCCGUCAGAUAAUUACAAACUUAGUUGGGAACUCAAUUAAGUUCACGGAAAGGGGACACAUUUUUGUGCAAGUUCACCUGGCAGACCACUCAAAUCUAGCAACUGAACCAAAAGUUGAAUCAGUUGCGAAUGGCAUCAAUGGACAUAUAGACGAGACAAGUGUUGUAUCCACAAGCGUGUCGCACAAUACACUAAGUGGUUUUGAGGCUGCUGACAGCAGAAAUAGCUGGGAAAACUUCAAGGCUUUGCUUUCUUAUGACACAAAUGAUAUGGCAUAUGGAAGUGAUUCUGAGAAUGUCACUCUUGUAGUAAGUGUGGAAGAUACAGGGAUAGGGAUACCAAUUCAUGCCCAAGGCCGGGUCUUCAUGCCUUUCAUGCAAGCUGAUAGUUCAACAUCUAGAAACUAUGGUGGGACUGGAAUUGGAUUGAGUAUCAGCAAAUGUCUUGUUGAACUAAUGAGUGGUCAGAUAAACUUUGUCAGUCGACCCAAUGUUGGAAGCACAUUUACAUUCACAGCAGUUCUGCAAAGGUGUGAGAGAAAUGCUAUUAAUGUCAGUAAGUCUGCUUUGUUGCAUCCUCUGCCAUCCAGUUUUCAAGGUCUAUCCACACUGCUGGUUGAUAAAAGACCAGUAAGAGCAACUAUAACUGAGUAUCAUUUGCAAAGACUUGGCAUUGCCUCGAAAUCUGUGCGUACCAUUGAACAAGCACUCAGUGUUUUGCUUGGGAGAAAUGGCACUUCGCUACCCAGGAAACAACUUUCCAUGUUAUUAGUUGAGAGUGACUCAUGGGGCUUAAAGAUGGACGUCCCCUUGCGUACUAGAUUUUUGGAGAUGAAACAGAACGGGUGUGAAUCGGUGUUCCCUCAAGUUAUUCUCCUUUCAUUGGCUGAUUCAGACAAAAUGAAAGCGGAAUAUGGCGUUGAUUCUGUCAUCACAAAGCCUCUGAAAGCAAGCACACUUGCAGCUUGUCUAUUUCAAUCGCUUGGUAUCAGUAUCACACAGGCAAACAAUGAGAAGAAACAUCAUGGCCCGGACUCUCUUUAUGGGUUGCUUCUUGGAAAGAACAUCUUGGUGGUUGAUGACAACAAGGUAAACCUUAGAGUUGCUGCUGGUACACUGAAGAAAUAUGGGGCAAAGGUGGAGUGUGUGGAGAGUGGAAAAGAUGCUCUUGAGCUUCUGCAAGUCCCACACAAGUUUGAUCUCUGUCUAAUGGAUAUUCAGAUGCCAGAGAUGGAUGGGUUUGAGGCAACCCGGCAAAUACGGGCAAUUGAAGCAAAGGCACAUGAGCAGACCGACAAUGCUGAUAAUUCAGAAGCGGGUAGCGCAGCAAAGAAGGCCCAAUGGCAUCUACCGGUCCUGGCAAUGACUGCCGACGUUAUCCAGGCCACUCAUGAGGAAUGCACAAAGUAUGGAAUGGAUGGCUACGUCUCGAAACCCUUCGAGGAGAAGCAGCUCUUCAAGGCAGUGCAGAAGUUCUUGGGACCUAGCACAUCCAGCUGACAGCAAUCUGCGCAUUCGGGUGUGUGCAUUGACUGGGAGAAACUCUGACUGAACGGAGGCAGCUAUGUUUUGUGCGGUCCUUUAACGGAGGAUGCAUUCUGAUUCCGGUGCUGCCCGCGGUCGCGGCUUCUCCGGAGUCCGCGCGACGAUCAAGUUCGUGGCGAGGCGGGCAGCCCAGAGAGGUAACAGAGCUGUACAUGUAUUGUAUUGGCAGGCCCUGUUUUAUUACCGUAAGCUAGGAGAAACGUAUGCCAAAGGGCGAGCACUGCGUUGGGCGCUGUUGGGGAGCAGCAUUGUGUACUGUACUGUACGCGUUGAUCUAGAGCAUAGUUUUUGCUGUACAGCUUCCACGGUUUUUUCUGCUACGGUCUGCGGUUGACUUCACGGCAUGCGGACAUGGUAAGGCUGGGAAAGGAUGAGAUUAAUUUUUGGCUGUUUUACUCCGUACUGGAAAUGUGCCGGUAUGUGUGGGUUAAGCUGAUGUAAAUGGCUCGAUUGCAUUUCCAUGUGGAUAUGUAUUGGGGAGAAAUAAUGAAUCGAUUAUGGAAGUA